UUAAGUCUUUGCGGUGCGCAUGCGCAGUAACCUCACGCACCGGUCAUCAUGGCGGCUUACAGGAUAAAGCCAACCUUUCAAAGGGUUUUACACGCCGUAAAGCACGCCUCUCUGCGGCCCACGUGCUGGCUCAUAAGCUGCCAUGCCUACUACUCCACUGUGUAUGACCCCAGCGAGAAGACCUUUGAUAAGAUCCUCAUUGCAAACAGAGGAGAGAUCGCCUGCAGGGUGAUUAAAACCUGUAAGAAGAUGGGGAUCAGGACAGUCGCUGUGCACAGUGACGUAGACUCGAGCGCGGUUCACGUGAAGAUGGCAGACGAGGCCGUGUGUGUAGGCCCAGCCCCGACCAAUAAGAGCUACCUCAACAUGGACGCCAUCAUGGACGCCGUCCGAAACACAGGAGCUCAAGCUGUCCACCCAGGCUACGGCUUCCUCUCUGAGAAUAAAGAGUUUGCUCGGAGGCUGGCAUCAGUGGGGGUCGCCUUCAUCGGUCCUGACACGCACGCCAUCCAGGCCAUGGGGGACAAGAUCGAGAGCAAACUCAUCGCCAAGGCGGCCAAAGUCAACACCAUUCCCGGCUUCGAUGGAGUCGUGAAGAAUGCAGAGGAGGCUGUGAAGAUUGCGCAGGAAAUCGGUUACCCAGUCAUGAUCAAAGCGUCUGCUGGUGGUGGAGGUAAAGGGAUGAGGAUCGCCUGGAACGAUGAGGAGACCAGGGAAGGCUUUCGUUUUUCCUCCCAAGAGGCUGCGUCCAGUUUCGGGGACGAUCGACUCCUUAUUGAGAAGUACAUCGAUAACCCCAGACACAUCGAGAUCCAGGUCUUGGCUGAUAAGCAUGGAAAUGCUCUUUGGCUGAACGAGAGAGAGUGCUCCAUCCAGAGACGCAACCAGAAAGUGGUGGAGGAGGCACCCAGCACAUUUCUGGACCCAGCCACUCGGCGUGCUAUGGGAGAGCAGGCUGUGACUCUGGCUAAAGCUGUAAAAUACUCCUCGGCAGGCACUGUUGAAUUCCUGGUCGACUCCACGAAGAACUUCUACUUCCUAGAGAUGAACACACGCCUCCAGGUGGAGCACCCAAUCACUGAGUGCAUCACAGGGUUGGACCUGGUGCAACAGAUGAUCCGAGUUGCUAAGGGUUAUGAGCUCAAACACAAACAAGAAGACAUCCCUAUUAAUGGCUGGGCCAUCGAGAGCAGAGUCUAUGCUGAGGAUCCCUACAAAUCAUUUGGUCUUCCCUCCAUCGGUCGACUCUCUCAGUACGAGGAACCAGUAAACCUCGCUGGUGUGCGUGUAGACAGCGGCAUUCAAGAAGGAAGUGACAUCAGCAUCUACUACGACCCCAUGAUCUCCAAAUUAGUCACUUAUGGAGCCACAAGAGCUGAGGCACUGAAGAAAAUGGAGGAUGCACUUGAUAACUACGUCAUCAGAGGUGUGACCCAUAACAUUCCGCUCCUGCGGGAGAUCAUCGUUCACCCGCGUUUUAUCUCGGGUGACAUCAGCACCAACUUCCUGCCAGAGGUUUACCCCGACGGGUUCAAAGGUCACCCAUUGACGGCCGGUGAGCAGCGCGAGCUCCUGGCUGCAGCCUCUGCUCUCUACGUAGCCACACAGCUCCGCUCACAAAGGUUCCUGGGACAGCAGAGAGUCUCUAACACCAGUCAGGACAGGAAGAGCUGGGAGUUGUGUGUGGAGUUGGACACAGGAGCUCACGUGUUGUUUGUAACCCGCUCUGGAACCAACUACACAGUGGAGAUUGAUGGAGAGAAAGUGGAUGUAUCUGGAGAGUGGAAUCUGGCCUCUGUACUCCUGCCCCUCACCAUUAAUGGCAACCACAGAGUUCUGCAGUGUUUAUCACGUAACGCUGCAGGGGAGAUCACGCUGCAGUAUCUGGGCACUUCGUUUAAGCUGCGUGUGUUGAGUAAGCUGGCAGCGUCCCUCAGUAAGCACAUGCCUGAGAAGGUUCCAGAAGACUCCAGCAGCAUCCUGAGAUCUCCGAUGCCUGGGACCGUCGUGGCCGUUUCCGUCAAAGCCGGAGAUACGGUCGCAGAGGGGCAGGAGAUCUGUGUGAUUGAAGCGAUGAAGAUGCAGAACAGCAUGACCGCUGCCAAAACCGCCAAGGUUAAGAGUGUACACUGUAAAGCUGGGGAGACGGUUGGUGAGGGAGAUCUGCUGGUGGAGCUGGAGUAAACACGCACUUGCACUCUGCUGUCCGACCCAAUAUUCACUCCGUGGACACACAGACUAAAACACGACUAGUCCGGAGCGAUCAUCCUCAAACCUUUAGUCUUUGUCUCGUCUUUGUUUUUCUCUGGUGGUGUGAUUUAUAUUGUAGCAUCUAUGUGGGAUUUCCUGGUCAGAUAUCAAGAAAGAAAAUUCAAAAGAAAGACCACUCCUGUGCCUUUAAGCAAACAGAUUCACUGAGGGUAAUUCACGUCACGGCGACAUCACAGACAUUUCAUUACUGUGUCAUGCAAGAGCUUGAAUACAAGUAUUUACUUCUUUAUAAGGUGGUGCUACACGCUCCUGCAGGCCUGAUUUUGCUGAGUGACUGUGUCAGUAUAGGCGGAGUUUAAGGGAGGGAGGGCUGAGUAAUGCUAGGACGGUUCCGGUCAUGAAGCGAAAUGGCUCCGCCCCUUUUUGACCACGAAUGCCUGUCACUCAGCAAAACCAGGACAUGCAUGAACUCUGUGUGCGUUAUCUAUACUCGCAUUUAAUUUAAGUAUAACAUUUUACCUUCCUUUUGAAUGAUUUCCUCUUCUUUUUUGUUAUUUUUUGGGGGGGAUUACGGUUAGAUCGAUUUUGGGAUGUCCCCAAAUAUUGAAAGGACCAGAAAAACUCUAAAAACCAACUGACAGUGCGUGUUUUCCUGAAACAGGACACUUGAUCAAACCGCACCAGAGCUCGAGAAGCUUUCUGCAGUUAUCACAGAUAUACACGAUACACCAUGGAACCAUGCUCUAAAUGUAGAUGUUUAUAAAAAAAAAUAAUAAAUCAACCUUUGUUCUAAGAAAA